AUGCAAAUCGCCGUUAGAACAUUGUCAUUUUUGCUCAUCGUUGUGAUAUUUGAGUCGACCGAAUCUACUAUGUACAUGAAACAUGGUCAAUAUUUGGAACCAGUAUUGGAGCCAAUAUCAUCAACCGUCGAAUCUAUUCCCAUAUACAAACUGUCUCGUGGUUUUGAAGCUGGUUCGGUCAAAGAAUACUUCGAUAAAACUACAUUGUUGACUGCAAAAAAUAUCAACAAGCUUAAAGAAGAUGAACCACACAAAGAAGAAAACGCUAAAAUCAAAUCUCUGAUCAAUUAG